AUGACCCCUCCCCUCCCCAACUCCCGUUUCUUCAUCAUGAGGAUACCGUACGUGCGUGGGUGGAUUCCGGGUUGGAUUCCACCUGCAGGCCAGCACGCGCCAGCAGAUGUGAUGAACCCUUAUUCUUCCAACGCACAGCUACUCGAAACAGCGUUGUCAUCCUCUCGGGGUUCUGCUAGCUUUCCGUAUCUCGGCCUUCCUUGGAUGCCGCCCGGCUGUUUUCUUGUUACAAUGCACUUGACACACCCACGACACACGAUACACGCGGUUGAAUCGCUCCAAUUCGUCUUCUGGCGGCCUUUCCUACACCCAAAAGCCGCCGGGAAAACACUAAUCAUUACGUCAACCCCUGCUAAUCCUAUCAUCAGCGCGAGCUUCGUGGCCACACAAUCAUCAAAAUUAUCUUGGACGACACCCACACGAGCUCUCAUCACCGACAUUGACCAUCCAGACAGAUUACAAACCAUGCUGCUACUCUGUACAGUACGCACGGAAAACCCGCCGCAUCCAACGACGAUUGCCAACCCUGCAAGCGUCACGACCGCCGCACGCGAAUCGACGUGGUAUCGUUACUCUGCACUGCUGCAGUCUGGCCACGGCACGCUCAAUGUAUGGAUGCUCGCUGGGCGUGGGAUACUGGGCGGCAUUCAGACCUAUCUUCUCAUUCGGGAACUCCUCUUGGCAGCACCUGCUGUCUGUCUGCUGCAGAACAAAAACACGCCCGUACGGAUAUACAGGCGAUGGUCGGCUCGUUCUGACAUCCCGAGUGUGCAGCAGCAACAGCCUGCACGCGAAAGAAAUAAGAAACCCUUGGAGUGGUCAGGGAAACAUUCCAAUGCGGCCGGCAUCACGCCGAUUGCACAAGUACGGAUACAUCACGACGAUGUACGAAUAGCGGAAAGCGGAGUCCUCGGGGCCGAGUACCGACGAAGACACUAUGAACCUCCACGCCAAGCGUUAUCAACGAAUCUCCUGGCCUCCAAGAGCAUGCAGGGUCACGCUGCUACGAACACGAAUCGAGCUUACACUACUCUGAAUGAUUCGCUACGGCAGUUCACAGCAGGCGUAACCGCCGCACCCUCCCAGUCAUCACACUUCCUUCACUUUGGCAGUAUGACGUAUGUCAAAAUUCUUUGGCAUGUUCUGUUGAGGGCAAUCCAGCAACAGGAUCAACCGCGCAUGAAUCAAUUUGGUAUAGCCACUCGGGCUUCGCGAGUUUACCGUCACCUAUCGUCCAAAACUACUGUUUCGAGCCAUCAUGCCAUCCAGCCUUGGAAUUUCACGAUAGUCCAGCAGCGGCAGUAUCAAUCAUCUUGGGAGCAAGGCAACCCCUUGGGGAAGGGGCCAGCGUACGAUAAUGAAAGAUUAGGACAACCGCCGGGAAAGCUCUUGAUGAUCAGAAGACACAAUAUCAAGGUCAGAAGCAAUAUCGCGCACAAUCACCCGUUCUAUGUACAGUAUCGCAGAAUAAAUCCCCCACCGGUCCAGCGGACGAGCAAUUGCCGUCAGCACAUGGCUAUGUAUUCGUGCCUCUUUUUGCCGCCUCUCCAGACAUACUGUGAUCCACGAGUCAAGCGAAACGGCUCCAAAACAUACAUUUCCGUGCAAGCAAAUCGGACUUUGGCCGAGUCACCGCUUCGCUGUCAGCAACAGUCGCCUAUGUCCGAUCGACCGUCUAUUAUGGCGCCCGCCUGUCAAACGCCGGCUAGUUUUCGUGGCACCAGCGCCGAGGUUGAGAAGAAUGAUUGCAGCAUGGACGUUUCUUUUGGAUGCCCCAAAGAAGAGCCAGAAGAGUCUCACGCCCCAUCUCUACCCGCGCCCGCCAUCCAAUGGGCAUCUUUCGCAUCACUUUCACAACGGGACGGGGCCAUCUCAGAUGAUGGAGAACGGGGCACAGAGGUCGAUCUCACUGGACCCAUCUCAGCCAUGACCACAGACUCCUUUUGUUGCGGGCUGCGGAUAUCAGAAAGUGACAGCUCGAUUGACGUCGUGAUAUGGCAUGCGAAGAGCCCAAAAAGAAUGUUCAACUUUGGCAACCCAGUCCAGCAUUCCGCGACUAUCCGUACAUACACCCACUACGCAAGCUUCCCCAGCCACUCCGACUACAUCAGUUUACAGGGAUACACGAAGUCCAGAAAAAUUGCAGGACCCGAGAACAAUCCUGAUUCCUCAAACUGCCUUCCCCUUCCGACUCUCUUCUGCCUUGGGAUACGAGAGUGUGUUGAUCAGACACCACAUCACGCGGUCGUCAAUUCGAAGUUCGAAUCACAAAUGACACGACGCUGGCUGGGGGCCGUAGUCGGAGACGCUGCUCUUCACCGUGCAUCUUCAGCACCAUCUACAUCGCCUGAGAAAGUUGGAGGCUUUGCUGAGCUGGUGGCCAACUUGGGUAACGAGGUUGCAGCGCAAGAACUACCUGGCAGCAACCCCUCCUCACACCCCAGGCUAGGUGGCGUCGCUGGCCGCAUUUCUCUGAACGCGAGGGACGCCGUGGUACGCAUUGGACAGCUCGAGAAUCGUGGGACGAUGACGCUCGAGCACGGUGAAGAUCCGGAAGCUUUGGCCAUAUCUCGAGAUUCCAUCAUCAAGAUGUACGACUUCGAUAACUUGACAUCAGACGGUGGCGCUGUAAUUUUCCUCAAUCCUGAUCCCUGGGAGGGUGCAGAGAUUUUUUUGUGUCCGAACUUCCCCCGAUCGAGAGAUAUGCUUGCCAUGGGAUACUUCAGGACGUCGUGCUUUGGCCUGGUUCCGGCAUCAAGGUUCAAAGGAGAGGAAAGCAGAGAACUCGCAAGAGGCUUGGCUUGUAGGCCGGGAGCGGAGAGAUAUCCGACAGUUACAAACGCCAUGAAGCGGCUUCCGUCCGACGCUCCUACCGUGUCUACCGGUACCACUAUGGAGUCACUGUUCCGCGUGCAAGCUGUGAGCAUUCUGCCAUCAUCCAUCUCCGAACAGCACCACUUCUCUCCCGCUGGCAUAUGGCGACCAAAGCUUAUUGCCAGCCUACAAUCGGCCGAGAGAGAUGACAAAUCUACGAUGCGACGAGUCCCACGCUGUAUUCGCGGCCCCCAACAAGGCUGCAACGACUACUCUCUCAACGUCGUGGAAAAGUCGAGUGAAGGCGGGCUCUCUCCGAACUGCAACAAAUAUCCCAGCUGCGACGGCUUGGGUCAUGUUACAGGUACAUUGGGAUGCGCAAAUUGCGUACCAUUAGGCGAUAGAUCCCUGAAAGACGACUCGGGGUUUGCUUCGGGUUCGCGUCAGUGCCUCGGUCUGAUGGAAGUCCCGCCCUUCGGAUCAACUCAUCAUCGUUUAUUCAGCUACCAGCGCAAUGGCAAGUGUAGGCGCCGCAAGUUCAAGCGCACGCUCGCGGCUGACAGCGUGUUUUUGGUCGUACGUUCAAAGAACCUAUUCAUGAAUUCUCCGCCUCCUGCUAUCCAUUACUUCGGUUUGUGGAUGCAACCUAGUCCCUUUGGUGUUCCUGGAGGAGGCUGUCUUGGAGUUGGAGAUUCAUCAGCAGCGGGAUCUCAAGCAUCUUCAUCAGGGAGUCGGGACCCUCCAUUCGAAGAACAAGCGCGUUCUCGGUGGAUCUUUUGGCUGGUCUCCCGCGUGGCUUCAACAGAGUUGAGGCUGUUUUGCGGUUCCCCUGAAGACUCCACCCUCGAUGAGACUGAUGUUCUCGCGCGGAGGUGUUAUCUGAUUUCAUCUGCCCCAACGCCCUGGCCGGACUUCAGAACGACGGAAAUCGCCGUCGCAUACCAUACCCUUAUUGACCGCCAUUCGCAGAGAGGCUGGCAGAUUUCGAGACUACCUAAACAAUCAAAUGCACGCUGCGCAGAUCGCGACGCUUCCGACCUUUUGUUCUGUACUACACUAGGCGCAGACGUUACGUUUCCUUUCUAUCAACCCACUAAUGGAGAGAAUUCUAGCCAUCCCUCUGACUCGCUCGUAUCCGAAGGACAGCUCGGAAGCCGUGAGCCCAUGUCCAUCCAGUUCCGCUCAGCGGAAGUGUGUUUCCUGCUCCAAAUACCCCUCACGAGGCCUUUGCGAGUUGGCGGUACGGCGACACCCUGGGAUCGCUCCAUCGAAUCAGGGUCUUUGCCUGCUCGAUUUGGCACAGUGCUUCUAGUGCAGCUGGAUAGGAUACCAGGCCGCUUGAGUCGACAAGUCGAAAUAUACCCGAGAUUACAAGGAUUAGGAAACCAGUCAUCUUGCAGCGACAGCUGGACCAAGACGCUACGAACACAGCUGGCAUGGAAGCAUUUCGUUGGUCAAAUAGCAAACCUAUCGUCUAUUUCCGAGAAAGACGCCGUGGCCGCUGCCGCCGCCGCCGCUACUUUUGCUUUGGAUAACAUGGCGAACCAUGACGAGGUCGCGUCAAAUCUCCACCUCGAACAGCAGACCCACGAUAGUCCACGUGGGAGCGGUAUGCGAACCCAUGCCCGACCGUCUAUGAGAGGUUGA